GCGGCCCGGCGAGCUCCCCAAUUUGUUGGCGCUGCCCCCUCCCCUCCGCGGCGCGCGGGCGGCGUCUCAAAGGGGAGGACCCUGCGGCGCGGGUAAGAGGCGGCGGGAGCGCGCGGCCCGGGGACUGUGGCCGCCGCGCGCCGGGACGCCAGGGCUCCGCGCUCCGCACCCCGGCGGCCGCCGCGCGACCCCGCGCCCCUGCGCCCCCGCGCCCCGCGCCCCGCGCCCCGCGCCCCGACCAGGUGCCCCGAGGGCCGAGGCUUCGCCGCCGCGCAGCGGGCCGGCUCCCGGAGCGCCGGAUGCGAGCCGACGGCCCCUGACGCCGGGCCGAGGCGAGGAGGGACCGCGCGGAGCCCGGAGCGGCCGGGCCAGGAGCAUGGACCGACACCGGUGCUCGGCGUCCAGCCCUGCCCUGCGACGGUGGCUGCUGCUGGGGGCUGUGACAGUGGGGCUCCUGGCCCAGAGCGUCCUGGCGGGCGUGAAGAAGUUUGACGUGCCCUGCGGAGGCAGAGACUGCAGCGGAGGCUGCCAGUGCUACCCCGAGAAGGGAGGAAGGGGCCAACCAGGGCCAGUGGGCCCCCAGGGAUACACUGGGCCUCCGGGCCUGCAGGGAUUCCCAGGACUGCAGGGCCGCAAAGGUGACAAGGGUGAAAGAGGGUCACCCGGGAUCACAGGACCGAAAGGAGACGUGGGAGCGAGAGGUGUUUCUGGAUUCCCAGGUGCCGACGGCAUUCCCGGACACCCUGGGCAAGGUGGGCCCAGAGGGCCACCUGGCUACGACGGCUGCAACGGGACCAGAGGAGACGUGGGCCGGCAGGGACCCGAGGGUCCUGCGGGCUUCCUCGGCCCUCCUGGGCCCCAAGGACCCAAAGGACAGAAAGGCGAGCCAUAUGCGCUAUCCAGUGUGGACCGCGACAAAUACAGGGGUGAACCUGGAGAGCCUGGAUUGGUUGGUUUCCAGGGUCCUCCUGGCCGCCCUGGGCCUAUAGGACAGAUGGGUCCAGUUGGAGCUCCAGGAAGACCAGGCCCGCCUGGACCCCCCGGACCAAAAGGACAGCCAGGCAACAGAGGACUUGGCUUUUAUGGAGAGAAAGGAGAAAAAGGCGACAUGGGGCUGCCAGGACCCAAUGGGAUUCCAUCAGACACCCACCAUGCCAUCAUAGGACCCAUGAAGGAAAUGUUCCACCCAGAUCAAUAUAAGGGCGAAAAGGGAAGUGAGGGGGAGCCAGGAAGAAAAGGCAUCUCCUUGAAGGGAGAAGAAGGAAUCAUGGGCUUUUCUGGCACACGGGGUGCUUCUGGCUACGAUGGUGAAAAAGGGUCACCGGGACAAAAAGGGAGCAAAGGACUGGAUGGCUAUCAAGGCCCUGACGGACCCCCAGGACCCAAGGGAGAAGCAGGUGACCGUGGGCCUCCAGGUGCCCCUGCAUACUUCCCUCAUCCCUCCCAAGUUAAAGGUGCCAGAGGUGACCCAGGAUUCCCAGGGACCCACGGGGAUCCAGGAAGCCGAGGUGAACCAGGAGACCCGGGCCCACCAGGUCUCCCCGGCCCAUCCAUCAGAGAUGAAGAUGGAAAGAGAGGCUUACCGGGUGAAAUGGGCCCCAAAGGGUUCAUAGGAGACCCAGGCAUCCCUGCACUGUACCCCGGCCCACCAGGCACUGAUGGAAAGCCAGGACUCCGAGGACCCCCAGGGGCUGCUGGACCACCUGGACCAGAUGGUUUCCUUUUCGGCUUGAAGGGAACAGAAGGGAGUGCAGGGUUCCCUGGACCUUCUGGCUUCCCUGGAGCUCGCGGACAGAAAGGAUGGAAAGGUGACGCUGGGGACUGUAAAUGUGCGGAAGGCGAUCAGUUCGUCGGGGGUCUCCCGGGGCUGCCAGGACCCAAGGGCUUCCCGGGCAUCAAUGGGGAGCCAGGGAGGAAAGGGAGCCAGGGCGACCCUGGCCAGCAUGGCAUCCCUGGGUUCCCAGGGUUCAAGGGCGCCCCUGGCACCGUUGGACCUCCCGGGCCGAAAGGGCUGAAGGGGGAUUCUAGAGCAAUCACCACCAAAGGUGAGAGAGGACAGCCAGGUGUCCCAGGUGUGCCUGGGCUGAAAGGUGAUGAUGGUGUCCCCGGGCGUGAUGGGCUGGAUGGAUUCCCAGGCCUCCCAGGCCCUCCUGGUGAUGGUAUCAAAGGCCCCCCUGGGGACUCGGGUUACCCAGGAGCACCCGGUACUAAGGGCGCUCCAGGAGAAAGGGGCCCCCCCGGACUGGGCCUGCCUGGCCCCAAAGGCGAGCGUGGUUUCCCCGGAGAUGCCGGAUUACCUGGACCCCAAGGCUUUCCAGGCCCCCCCGGACCCCCAGGCACUCCAGGACAAAUAGACUGUGACACAGGCGUGAAAAGGCCCAUCGGAGGUGACGGACAGGAGGCUGUGCAGCCAGAUUGUGUCAGAGGGCCCAUGGGAUCGCCAGGCCUGCCAGGACCCCCAGGACCCACAGGUGCCAAGGGCCUCCAAGGAAUACCAGGACUGUCAGGAGCUGACGGAACACCGGGGCUCAGGGGUCUCCCAGGAGACCCAGGUCGCGAAGGAUUCCCAGGACCCCCAGGGUUCGUGGGGCCCCGAGGAUCCAAAGGCUCAGUGGGCCUUCCUGGCCCAGAUGGACACCCAGGUCCCACUGGUCUGCCAGGCCCUGUCGGGCCCCCAGGGGACAGGGGCCUUCCUGGAGAAGUUCUGGGAGCCCAGCCCGGGCCCCGAGGAGAUGCUGGACUGCCUGGACACCCCGGGCUGAAGGGCCCUCCUGGAGAGAGAGGUCCACCUGGAUUCAGGGGAAGCCAGGGCAUGCCAGGAAUGCCAGGUCUGAAGGGCCAGCCAGGCUUCCCAGGACCCUCGGGCCAGCCGGGCCUGCCCGGGCCACCAGGACAGCAUGGCUUCCCAGGAGCUCCCGGCCGGGAGGGGCCCUUGGGGCUGCCAGGAGCCUCAGGUCACGGAGGUCUGCCUGGAGACAGAGGGGACCCAGGGGACACAGGUGUCCCCGGCCCUGUGGGCAUGAAGGGUCUGUCUGGCGACAGAGGUGACCCCGGUUUGCUGGGUGAACGAGGCCCCCUAGGAAGUCCUGGAUUUAAAGGAAUGAGUGGAAUGCCUGGUAUCCCUGGGCAGAAAGGUGGGAGAGGCUCGCCCGGGAUGGAUGGCUUCCAAGGCAUGGUGGGGCUCAAAGGAAGACCCGGGCUUCCAGGAAAUAAAGGAGAGGCCGGAUUUUUUGGAAUUCCAGGACUGAAGGGUCUGGCUGGUGAGCCGGGUGUGAAAGGCAGCCGCGGGGACCCUGGGCCCCCAGGACCUCCUCCCAUCAUCCAGCCAGGAAUGAAAGACAUCAAAGGAGAGAAAGGAGACGAAGGGCCCAUGGGGCUGAAAGGGUACCUGGGCCUGAAAGGUCUUCCCGGGAUGCCGGGGAUCCCUGGGCUGUCCGGAGUGCCUGGGCUGCCGGGGAAGCCGGGCCACAUCAAAGGCAUCAAAGGAGACAUCGGCAUUCCCGGCAUGCCCGGUUUACCAGGAUUUCCUGGUGUGCCCGGCCCCCCCGGAAUCAUCGGGUUUCCGGGGUUCACAGGAAGUAGGGGUGACAAGGGAGCUCCAGGGAGAGCAGGCUUUUACGGCGAGGUGGGCCCCACAGGGGACUUUGGUGACAGUGGAGACAUCAUAAACCUGCCAGGAAGCCCAGGCCUGAAGGGUGAGCAGGGCAUCGCUGGAGCACCAGGUCUAAAGGGAUUCUUCGGGGAAAAGGGAACAGAGGGUGAAGUUGGCUUCCCUGGGAUAACAGGCGUGCCAGGCAUCCAAGGCCCUCCUGGACCUAAAGGGCAAACAGGCUUCCCAGGACUGACAGGGCUGCAGGGGCCACAGGGAGAUCCGGGCCGGGCAGGUGUGCCUGGUGACAAAGGAGACUACGGCUGGCCAGGGAUUCCAGGCUCCCCAGGCUUUCCCGGCAUCCGAGGCAUCAGCGGAUUACACGGUUUGCCAGGCACCAAAGGCCUUCCUGGAUCCCCAGGUGCGGACAUCCACGGAAACCCUGGCUUCCCUGGUCCUGCUGGGGACAGGGGCGACCCCGGAGAGGCCAACAUCCACCCAGGACCCAUCGGGGCCCCAGGACAGAAAGGGGAGCGAGGCGAUCCAGGGGGACGAGGCCCAAUUGGGAGUCCAGGACUUCAAGGCUUCCCAGGCAUCACUCCCCCUUCCAACGCGUCUGGGUUACCUGGUGACAAAGGGGCACCAGGGAUAUUUGGCCUGGAAGGUUAUCGUGGGCCCCCGGGACCACCUGGGCCUGCUGCUCUUCCUGGAAGCAAAGGAGAUGAGGGGAACCCAGGAGCUCCAGGAACCCCCGGGACUAAAGGAUGGGGCGGGGACCCUGGGCCCCAGGGCCGGCCUGGUGUGUUCGGUCUCCCCGGAGAAAAAGGGCCCAGAGGUGAGCCCGGAUUCAUGGGCAACACAGGAGCCACCGGGAGUGUGGGCGACCGAGGCCCCAAGGGACCCAAGGGAGACCGAGGACUCCCAGGUGCCCCUGGCUCUGUGGGAUCCCCCGGGAUCGCAGGAAUCCCCCAGAAGAUUACCAUCCAGCCAGGGCCAGUGGGUCCACAGGGAAGGAGAGGCCCUCCGGGAAUGCAGGGAGAGAUGGGACCACAGGGACCGCCGGGGGAUCCAGGUUUCCGUGGGGCUCCAGGAAAGGCAGGGCCCCAGGGCAGAGGUGGUGUGUCUGCUGUUCCCGGAUUCCGAGGAGACCAGGGGCCUAUGGGACACCAGGGGCCAGUGGGCCAGGAAGGGGAGCCGGGCCGCCCAGGGACCCCCGGGCUGCCGGGCAUGCCCGGCCGCAGUGUCAGCAUCGGCUACCUCCUGGUGAAGCACAGUCAGACGGAUCAGGAACCCAUGUGCCCCGUGGGCAUGAACAAGCUCUGGAGUGGAUACAGCCUGCUGUACUUCGAAGGCCAGGAGAAAGCCCACAACCAGGACCUGGGGCUGGCGGGCUCCUGCCUGGCUCGGUUCAGCACCAUGCCCUUCUUGUACUGCAACCCUGGUGAUGUGUGCUACUAUGCCAGCCGGAACGACAAGUCCUACUGGCUGUCCACCACUGCCCCGCUGCCCAUGAUGCCGGUGGCCGAGGAUGACAUCAAGCCCUACAUUAGCCGCUGUUCCGUGUGCGAGGCCCCAGCCGUCGCCAUUGCAGUCCACAGUCAAGAUGUCUCCAUCCCCCACUGCCCAGCUGGAUGGCGGAGUCUCUGGAUUGGAUAUUCCUUCCUCAUGCACACAGCAGCCGGCGAUGAAGGUGGUGGCCAGUCGCUGGUGUCGCCGGGCAGCUGUCUGGAGGACUUCCGUGCCACACCCUUCAUCGAGUGCAAUGGAGGCCGUGGCACUUGCCACUACUACGCCAACAAGUACAGCUUUUGGCUCACCACCAUCCCCGAGCAGAGCUUCCAGGGCUCGCCCUCCGCCGACACCCUCAAGGCGGGGCUCAUCCGGACGCACAUCAGCCGCUGCCAGGUGUGCAUGAAGAACCUGUGAGGGGAUGCGCUUCCCUCUAGGUCCACACUCAGCCGGGGGGGGGCCACUUUGGUGCUUACUCUUAACUUAUUACCUCAGAGGACGCCCCCAAGACGGAUCUCACUUCUCUCUUUCAACACCAAAUGGAAAGGCUACCAAAGGAACUCCGCGCCAGCACUUACACCAAAUAGCCCCUGGUCCUCCACAGGCGCUGGCCCUGUCCGUCUGCAGGGAACUGCGACGCCCCAGCACCCUACAGCCAUACUAGACUAUCGUGCACUAGACGUAGCUAACCUCCUAAUCUGUACCCGAACAGUCACUGUGCUUCGAGCGCCGCAGACCCUGCACAGUGAGCUUAAUGGGGCGGUGUGGAUAACAGAAGCCACGCAGCCCAGGGUGCUGGACUCACGUGGCAGUCCCCAUGGGCGGGUCUCCCGGCUUCUGUGCUGGCAGCUCUGUUCUCUCCCUGAGACCACUGAUCAAGAAUUUUCAUCCCCUCAGGAAAGCCAGGCGUGCCUGCCUUUUAUUUUAAAAGCUUUUGAUCAUCCCACACGAGCUCUCUUUCCCCCGUGUCCUUGCAGACCAUCGGGUUUGGCCAAAAGUGUAGAAGCAGAGACCUUUUCAGCUUCUGUUGUCAGCCACGCCUUUGGCGGCCACCUUGUAGGGUCCCCGGCCCCAGGUGGCCCGGGGAUCCGCCCUCCGUUCUCGGUGACUCAUACGCCUAUGCCUUAUCUAACCUCUGUAAUGACCACAGAAUAAAAGUUGGUUUUGAGCUUUUUA